GAUAUGACAGUAAACGGGAUGAAAAACGCAACAGUUGAUGUCAAUGAAACGGUCACAUUCCAGUGUGUGGUUCAAGGAUGCCCCCCACCGGACGUAUCCCUGGUACACACAGGACACAAAACAUCCACCAUGGCCAUGUUCAGGAAGAACAACACUCUGUAUGAACGCGCUAUACGUGUCCACAGUUGUCCCCAGCUUGGGAGGUAUUCCUGUCGAGCCACGAACUUCACUGGGACAUCUGACAAACAAUUACACGUGGCAGAGCUGAUUGAAAUAGCAGAUACCACCUUCACUUCUAUCGCUAUUAUUAUCGGAGGUUCAUUGGUUGGUGUCCCGUUAGUCGUUGUUGCUGUUGCCUGUCUUGUACGACGACGCAAGACUGUCAGAGACUACUUGUAUAUGAGGUUUGGGCAGCCAUACCUAACACCCACACAUGAACCGCCUGGGCCACUGGAGAAUAUUGAAUUUCGAAACUAGGACGUCAUGGAUGACUCUUAUGCCUGAUAACGUGGCUACUGAAAGACGCCAAUCACUUUACAGAAAUGAUAUGCAAGGAAGACUUUGAUAUACUUAACACUCGAUCACAGACAAACGAAAUAUACAGUGUGCUUUAAAAACAAAGAAAGCGAAAGGGUCGAUGACAGCCAUGAAGAAUAAUGUGUGCUGUUGAAGCAUCAUGUAUAUACACAAGGAAGGACUUUCAUAUACCCUACAAUCGAUGACAGCCAUGAAGAGUAAUGUGUGCUGUUGAAGCAUCAUGUACAUACACAAGGAGGGACUUUCAUAUACCCUACAGUCGAUGACAGCCAUGAAGAGUAAUGUGUGCUGUUGAAGCAUCUUGUGCAUACACAAGGAGGGACUUUCAUAUACCGUACUUUUGAUGACAGCCAUGAAGAGUAAUGUGUGCUGUUGAAGCAUCAUGUACAUACACAAGGAGGGACUUUCGUAUACCCUACAGUCGAUGUAUAGUUACAGUAGCCUUGGCCAAUUGUAUUAUGUAACACUGUAAUAUAUUUAAUGUAGGUCAUGUUAUAUAGGCUUUCUAUGCAUUCAUUAUUCAUUUAAACUGCUCUUGUCAAUAAAACGUAUUCAAACCGAAA